AUGCAGGAGAUGCGCUCGUGGUUGGCUGUGGUGACUAUUCUAUGUUUCGACUCUCCUGGAGUAACCGAAAAAUGCGACAAGCAUGACUCAUCAGAAAGUCCGGGAUACAAACUCGCAUCAGAAAUGCUCAGGAAGUCCAUCAACUUCUCGUUUUCUCGGGUUCUCGGGGUACUAACCUGUGAUCAACUAAAAUCAUUUGUACGCAACAGAAAAGUUCAGGUUGAUCCAUGCGUGGAUUUUUUCGAGUUCACUUGUGGCAACUGGAUCGCCGCUCAUCCGAUUCCUAGCGACGAAUCUUAUCGCACACAAGCACACGUACUAUCGGAUAAGGUCCGAAAGCAGAUGAGAGAUGCACUUGAGUCGCCAGAGAUCUUCGCUUCGAAAUCCAUGAAUGCUCCUGAAGUCUAUAUACCACAAAUGUAUGGACCAAAAGGAAGUUAA